UACAAGCGAGAUCUUUAUUUUUUUAAACAUCCGUGGUACUUGUAGUCCAAAACAAGUACGUGGCGUAAUAAUCUAUAUUUUAGUCCAAAACAAUUACGUGCUAUAAUAAUGUGCUAUAAUAAUCUCGUGAGCGAGAAGAACUCCAAUAAUAUUUUAGGCAGACAACACCUAGAAUUAAACCACCGCCUUUCUCAAUUUGGGAGAAUCGUCAAUCUAGUCAAAACUUCGUCAACGGUGUGAAAGACUGACGAAUAGACCGCGGUGUUGCAAAACCAUAGAGAUUGACCCAACAACAGCAAACAAACAAGGAAAUGUGGACGGAAGACGACAGUAGAGUUAACCAUUGAGUGUAAAAUCAUUUGGAAGAUUUGGCAGAUCUUCAUCAAACACACACACAGUAAACCAGAUUAAAGUGGAUUGUCUGGUGUUGGCUGACUGAUUGUCAUAGAUAGGCCUACUGGUUGUUGUGGUCAAGGGCACACAUGGCCCAUACAGUGCAGGACCACCAGAGAGCACUGCCCCAGGCUGCUGUCUCUCCCUCCCUCCAGCCAUGCUAAAAGAUUGACAGUGUUGGACACCCUGCUAUGUGGAGCGUUCGCAGGUGCUGUGGCAAAAACAGUCAUAGCCCCCCUGGACAGAACCAAGAUCAUCUUCCAAGGAAGCCUUCAGACUCAUAUAUUGUACGUACAUGCAAGAUGGCUUCCUCAGCCUGUGGAGGGGCAACUCUGCCACCAUGGUGCGAGUCAUCCCCUACGCUGCCAUCCAGUUCUGCUCCCAUGACCAGUACAAGGGAAUACUGGGGAGAUACUACGGCUUUCAGGGAAAAGCCCUGCCUCCUUUUCCACGUUUCCUGGCAGGAUCAUUGGCUGGCACCACAGCGGUCAUGCUCACCUAUCCCCUGGACAUGGUGCGGGCCAGGAUGGCGGUGACGCCCAGGCAAAUGUACAGCAACAUCAUGCACGUUUUUGUGCGCAUCACACAGGAGGAGGGCAUAAAGACCCUGUACAGAGGCUUCUGCCCGACCAUCUUGGGAGUGAUCCCGUACUCAGGAAUCACCUUCUUCACAUACGAGACCCUCAAGAAACUGCAUGCAGAGAGAACUAGGCGGUCCCAGCCAUACUCUUACGAGCGUUUGGUGUUCGGUGCGUGCGCCGGCCUGAUCGGCCAGUCGGCCUCUUACCUGCUGGACAUGGUUUGCCGACGCAUGCAGACGGCCAGGGUGACGGGCCAACAGUACGGCAGUGUCCUGGGCACCAUGAAGACGAUCGUGGUGCAGGAAGGGGGGGUGCGUGGACUCUACAAGGGCCUCAGUAUGAACUGGAUCAAAGGGCCAAUCGCUGUGGGGGUCUGCUUUGACCUUAUGCACAACCUACUGCACAAGAUGCACCAGCUGGGAUACUUCACACACUGAGCCAGCAGGGGGAGCCAGAGGAGAAGCUCACUGUUGGGACCAGUCAUUCGCUCACAGGGACUAGCACAGGCGCAACUUUCACUGGGGAUAGAGGGACACGCCACCCACCCCAUUCUGAAAUUGCAUGUUUGUCCCCCCGAGUUUUAUCAUUGGAUUGUGAUACAAAAUGAGGCAACAGUGUGCUUUAGGACCAUGCGGACGCCUCCGAGCGGUCGGGUAGGCUGUUUGGAGUGUUUUUCUGACAGGAUUUUUUUUAAAGUACAAAAAAUAUGUCCCCCGCACUUCUAAAACCAAAGUUGUGCCCCUGGGGACUAGAAUGGCAAUAAUAUACCAGAUCUGUCUACUCACAAUAUGGAUCCUCUCAGUAGGCCUAUGCACUCUACAUGUCAAAUUGGAAUUCUAAGGAGAGGGUGGUACUGGACAGACAGGAGGAGGCAGAAGCUGUCCGUAUUAAGCACGCACAGCCAGACCCCUACUCCUGCUGUUGAUGGAUGGAGUGUCUGCACUAGGGCCAAAAUAAGUGUCCUCAAACUGGGUAGAUGUGUGCAGAUGUUUGCAAUAUGAGAGGUAUGACAAUGAAAGAUUUUUUGUUUCGAGGCCUGAUCCUUGUUUGAGAUUGGGGUAUUAUGUUGGCACGGGCACAUUUUAAAGGCCCAACGCAGCUGUUUUUAUAUCAAUAUCAAAUCAUUUGGGUGACAAUUGAGUACCUUAAUGUAAUAUAUUUCUAUUAUAAUAGGCAAAUAUUGCUUUUUAGCAAAAAACUUCUCAAGAAUUUCUCAAGAAGAAGUUUGCUAGGACUGUCUGUUAGUGGUCUGAGUGGGGAGGGGAAAACUGAAAACGACCUGUUAUUGGCAGAGAGGUUUGGAACUGUCGUUGUUACUAUUGGUCUAUUAACUAAUUUUCUGCAUGUUGAUUUGAGCAUGGAAAGCCAAAAUUCCCGCCCAUGCAAACCUGCUGGUUAUAAAUUCCUGUGUAGAUUAUGGCUGGUUGGUAAACAUUCAUAAAAUAACACUGAUCACAUUUUCACACUUCUAUAGUGUUAGUUUCAUCAGCUGUUGUACAAUAUGAUAUAAACACAGGAAAAACUGAACUGUACUUGAAAUAAAAUAUAUUUUUUUCAUAACA